AUGCCCAUCGGUGCGUCCCUAGAAGUGAUCGACUGUAUGGGCGGUACUAUCAGUCCUGGGAUGGUCGACAUUCAAAUCAACGGAGGAUUCGGUGUUGAUCUCAGCGAGUUCACCUCGCCCAUCGAAUAUUUGACAGGUUUGGAUAAGUUGAGUGAAGAGCUUCUUCGAAUGGGAGUGACCAGCUAUGUUCCCACCGUUAUCUCUCAGAAACCAGAGGUAUAUAAGAAAAUCUUACCUCUGCUCAUGGAACGAGCUGGAAAGUCUCCCAAGUUGGGUGUGUUGUCUGCUACGCCUCUGGGGUUCCACGUCGAAGGACCUUUCCUCGCUCCCCUCAAAAAAGGAUGUCAUCCAUCAGAAAACAUCGCAGUGGUGAAUGAAGGACUAACGGACUUCGAAAACAUGUACGGCUCGGAGGCCGUUGCUCCUAAUCGGGAGAUGGUGAGGAUCGUGACCGUCGCUCCUGAUGUCCAAGGGGUUUUGCCUUGUAUACCAGAACUAAGCGAAAGGGGAAUAACAGUGGCUUUAGGUCAUACUAAUGCUACCACGGAGCAAGCUUUACAAGGAAUCAUAAACGGUGCAACUCUUUUGACUCAUAUCUUCAACGCUAUGCCUCCUCUACAUCACCGAGACCCAUCUAUCAUAGGUCUUCUCGGUCUCCCUCUACAUCAACCUACUCAAGACUUGAAACUUCUUUCUGAUGCUCAGAAAGUCCACUCCGCACCUGUCACUCCUAUCCUCACACGUUUCAAGAGACUCUUCACAAUGACAGAACCUCUUGUAGAAGAAGACGAAUCUCUUCCUGAUGAAGAUCCCGUAUCCGUACCACGAGACACACCAUUUCUGGGUGAUAAGCACGUCAAGAAAGCUUGUAUGACUUGUUCGUAUGACCCUUGCGAUCAAAUUGACGGAUGUGCUUGUGAAGCACCCUCCACUCAACAGUGUGAUCCUGAGUCGGAAGGUCAGAUGGCCUCAAGACCUAGCUUUAGCAUCAUAGCCGACGGUGUGCACGUCCAUCCUCAAGCUGUUGCUCUGGCAUACCGUGCUUAUCCAGAGGGGUGCAUAUUGAUCUCUGACGCAAUGCACUUUAUGGACCCUGACCUCCCUGAUGGGGUUUAUCCGUGGAGAGAAUCAGCUAUAGAAAAACGUGGAAUGACCCUAACUCUAGACGGGACUGACACUUUGGCAGGCAGUAUCCUCCCUAUGCCAGAAGCAGUAAUAAACCUUUCGAAAUUCGCCGAUAUCCCACUUGAACGAGCUAUAGCAUGCGCCACUUAUACCCCUGCCAAAUUACUCGGCGGUCUCUUCAAAGAAUCCCAUGGGUUGGUACCUGGCUGUAAAGCCGAUGUAUUAUUAUGGGACAAAGAAGGUUUGAAAGGUGUAUGGAAGAGAGGAAGGGAAGUGUGGAGGAGGUCAGAGUAG